UUGAUAUUAUUAUUAAUGAACUUCCCUUAUUUAUUCACAAUUAUUGUAACCAAUAAAUAGAAUAGAUGAAAUCAAGAUAUCAAAGGCUAAGGACAAAGAUAAAUACUCUCUUUGCUUUUGAAAUACAAGACCAUCUUGGUAGUUUCUGUUAUCUGAACCAUGUCAGAGGAUCCAAAGAAGCUCCCUGAUGAACUUUCUAAAGAAUCAUCAUCAGCCCCGUCACCCAUUCUUGAUUGGAGUAGCCAACCAGCUGGGAAAGCGUCGUGGCCAGAAUUACUAGGAGUGACAGCAGAAGAAGCAGAGAAAAAGAUAAAGGAGGAGAAGCCAGAACUGAAGAUAGAUAUAGUUCCACCUAAAUCAAUGGUGACUAUGGAUUAUCAUUUAGACCGGGUUCGCCUCUUCCUGGAUGAAUCUGGAAAAGUUGCUCAAGUGCCUAGACUUGGCUAAUCAUAUUUCCAAAAUCAGUCUUGUUAAUAUUGAGAAUCUUUGUUUUCUCUGUGAAUUGAUGUUGCACCACUGUGUCUAAUGUUUAUGUUUAUGUCUGGUUUCUCUGUGGAUUAUGAAUAAAGGUUGGCAAUUGAAACUA